AUGGACGACGUGGAGAUUACGGACGUGGACGAAAACGGCGAAGUGCUGGAAGCAGAAGAACCGAAGCAGCUAAAGAACAACGACCCUCAUCUUUCCAUUGGCGUCAUUUCAGCCGGCGACGUUUUGUCCGCGUACGGCUGGUACCUGCUGGCGGCGCUCGCGGCGGCCUACGCGCUGGUCCUCUACCUGGGCAAGCGAAGGAGCGGCGAGUCGGACGCCGCGACGCCCUCGCGGCCGCAAGAUGCCGAGGCGGUGGUGAGGCGGCAAGAGGCCGUGGAGGCGUCCCGGCGGAGGAUGCAGCUGGAGCAGGACGCCAAGGCGGCCGUCUUCAGGGAGAAGCAGAAGCUUGCGGAGGAGGAGAAAAGGAGGCAAAAGAUCCAGGAGUGGGAAAGCAUGCAGCUUGGCAAGAGCUUCAAAGGGGCUUCUAGGCGACUGCAGAGCGACGACGCCGACGCCACCGCCGGCACUUCGGUCAAACCCAAGACGGACAAGAAGCCACUACGCAGCUCCGAGUACAACCCCCUGAGCGGCGAGGGUGGCGGCUCGUGUUCCUGGCGACCCGGAAGGCGGGGCCCCGCUUCGGGCGGAUGA